GGGCGGAAGAGCCGCCCUAGGAGCGGAGUCCGGGCCGCGCGGGAUGUCGGCUGGUCCUCCCUGCCGCCUGGGGACGCCUCCUCCGCGGGCGGGGGCGGGGCCGGAGGGAGCCGGGCGCGAGGGGGAAGCCGAGGAGGAGGAGGAGGAGGAAGAGGGCGGGAAGAUGGUCACGCUGGUGCUCGAUAACGGCGCCUACAACGCCAAGAUCGGGUACAGCCACGACCGCGUCAGUGUUAUUCCCAACUGUCAGUUCAGAUCAAAGACAGCUCGCUUGAAAACAUUCACAGCUAACCAACUAGAUGAAAUUAAAGAUCCAUCUGGACUUUUUUAUAUUCUUCCUUUUCAAAAGGGAUAUUUGGUAAACUGGGAUGUUCAGAGGCAGGUCUGGGACAAUCUUUUUGGAAAAGAAAUGUAUCAGGUAGACUUUGUUGAUACCAACAUCAUAAUCACAGAACCUUAUUUCAACUUCAGUUCAAUUCAAGAAUCUAUGAAUGAAAUACUAUUUGAGGAAUACCAAUUUCAAGCAGUUCUCAGAGUAAAUUCUGGGGCUCUUAGUGCCCAUAGAUACUUCCGAGAUAAUCCAUCAGAACUAUGUUGCAUCAUUGUGGAUAGUGGGUAUUCUUUUACUCACAUUGUGCCUUACUGCAGAAGUAAAAAAAAGAAAGAAGCAAUUAUAAGGAUAAAUGUUGGAGGAAAACUAUUGACGAACCACCUGAAGGAGACAAUCUCAUACAGGCAACUGCAUGUAAUGGAUGAGACCCAUGUGAUUAAUCAAGUGAAGGAAGAUGUAUGCUAUGUCUCACAAGACUUUUUCAAGGAUAUGGAAAUUGCCAAAUUGAAAGGAGAAGAAAAUACUGUAAUGAUGGACUAUGUUUUACCAGACUUCAGCACAAUCAAAAAAGGCUAUUGUAAGCCAAGGGAAGAAAUGGUAUUAAGUGGAAAAUAUAAAGCUGGUGAACAAAUACUUCGUCUUACAAAUGAGCGAUUUGCUGUUCCAGAGAUACUGUUUCAUCCUUCAGAUAUUGGUAUUCAAGAAAUGGGAAUUCCUGAAGCCAUAGUAUUUUCAAUCCAGAACUUGCCAGAAGAAAUGCAACCUCAUUUCUUCAAAAAUAUUGUCUUGACUGGAGGAAACACACUAUUGCCUGGCUUCAGGGAUCGUGUUUACUCUGAGGUCCGGUGCCUUACUCCAACAGACUAUGAUGUUUCUGUUAUUCUGCCAGAGAACCCUAUUACUUAUUCCUGGGAAGGUGGAAAGUUGAUUUCUGAAAAUGAUGAUUUUGAAGAUAUGGUUGUAACAAGAGAAGACUAUGAAGAAAAUGGACAUUGUAUAUGUGAAGAAAAAUUUGAUAUUUAAUUGGACCAGUUAUGCAUUAACACCAUACUAUGUAUGUUCAUUCAACUAGCAAGUUUUCCUAAGCUAAAAUGGGUUCUACAACUCAUAGUCCCAAAACCAUUUUAUGAGCAGAACAUUUUGUUUUGUAAUAUCAUACUCAUUUUUUAACUCAUUAAUUUAUUCAUUUUCAUAGAACUAGUUAUUACUAUCUAGGGAAAAUGUGAAAACUAUGCUGUGAAUAGACUUUUUAAAUCUUGUAUAACAUGAACAAUAUAGUUUCCUUGUACAACUAUAGGCACAAAUGUGCCUCACUUCCCCUCUUCACUUUCGAUUAGUAAACCCCACUUAGCCACUGUUGUUUCCUACUACCAUGUGACAGGCAACUUGAUCACGCUUAUUUUCUUUCUGAGAGUUUGUUCAGCCCCUAGCUCUGUCAUUGGGGCUAGACAGGCACAGACAAGCUUAGGCCCUCCAGGUGUUUUUGGACUACUGACUGUUAGGAAUUGUGGGAGUUGAAGGCAAUAGAUGACUAAGUAGAGGUGCCAAUCAUGCUGCCUUGCUCUGGGGAGGCUGAUGAAGUUUACCAGUUGGCUGCUGCCCUUGUUGUCUUUUGCUAUGUCUUUUGCUAUACUCUGUAUUUUUCAGGUAGAGAAUAUUUUGCUUAAGCUUCUGAUUGGAGCAACUUAAGAACGACACAAAAUACCUCCACUGAAAUAAUUUCAGUGACUUUCUUUUUUUAAUAAAGCAAUUAAAAAUGUAAAUGUAAACAA